ACGACAUGGAAUGGGUCUUGUGCGACACUCGGGAGGUUGUGCCGGGGACCCGAGGUGCAGAAGCAGGCUUCUGGGUCUUGCGCUACACUCGCGAGGUCGCCUGCUGGUACGCAGGGCUCGGAUCUGCACGAAGCCCGGCACGUAGGGCACGGCGGCGCUCUUGACCCACUCAUCCCCAGCAAAAACCACCUGCGGGGUGAAGCUCUCGGCGAUCUUUGGCGUGAUCUUCUUGAUUCCCUUCCACUUGACCCUCUUGCUGAGGUCCGACCCGGCCCCACGUACAGCGUGUCGAGCGCAAAGGUCCCCAUCCACGGUGACCACCCUUCAGGGGCGAUGAACCCGUCGAUGUUGGACUGCAUGAUGAUAGUGCGUGAAAACUCCUUCCACGGCCUGCCGAGGUACGCCGAAAGUGCUGGCUUCACCGCCAAGAACCCGGGCUCGGCCACGAUUGACACCUACACUGCGUUUGUCCUUGCGGCCCUGCGCGGUCACCAUGCACGCCUGGUUGUCCAUCGGCUUCCGCACCACCAAUCGGCUGCUUUGGAAAACGGCCACCGCAUCCCCGAAGAUGAAGUCGAUCGUGCCCGUGACGGUGCAGUCGCGGUAGUACUGUCGGUACGCGUGGGCGUAGAGCGUGUCUUGGUACCCGUCCAUGUGCACGUUGUAGAAAACAGCUUUGUCUCCCGACACGCGCACGGCCACCGCCUGGUGCUUUUCGGGCCCUGCCGUGUUCUCGAUCCCGAUGUCCUUGGCGAAGAAACCCUCGCCAACGGCGGUGUGGAAUGUCUGGGUGCCGUCUGCGUAGUUCUUGCUGCCGGAGAUGCGGGUUUUUGUGGGGCCGUCACCGAUGAUGGCGACAUUGUUGACGUGGCGGGGGAUGAUGACGGUCUCCUUGUAGACGCCGGCCUUGACAUAACGAAAGUCGCGUUACUCUUCUUGGGAAGGGUGUUGAGGGCUGCCGCGAUCGUCUUGUACUGCCCGCUUCCGUCUUGCGCCACCACCGCGUUUGGCUUAAGGCUUGCAGGCGAUGCGGCCAUCAGCCUACGAGCCUUUGCGUCCACGUACGUGGGCAUGCUGCCGUCCUCCGCCAGGAGGAGGCGACGGCUCGUGAAGCUACCGAGGUUGAGGGAUGAAAGGAUCGAUGAGAAGUCAGUCACCAUGGCCAGUGAUGGAGGCGCUGAGCCAUGUCUUGACGUCGUCAAUGUAAUCACCGACCUUGCUGAUGUCGAAGUCGGCGACCUUGUCGAACGAGCGCCGGAGGUCCUCGAUGGAGGUGUCGAGGGUCUCGUCACAGACUUGGAGGGCGCCCUUGGUGCGCUCGUCCUCGGCGGCCUUCUUGAAGAGGUCCGAGUUUUUAAUAGCGUCCUCGAUGUUCUUUACGGUGGACUCGAAAGCGGCCUUGAUAAGCUGCUUGGGGUCGGUGGUGUUGGCGUUGGACAGGCUCUCCUCGCACGUCUCCUUGUAGUCGGUUGGGGAGCAGAUAGCGUGGACUGCCUUGGUCGAGGCCGAGAUGUCACCGCCAGUGUCAGAAGAGACCUCGCCGCCGCCCUUCUUGUUGACGCCGACGGCAACGGCCACACACAUAGCGACCAGGAGAACCGAGGCCAAGCCGGCCACGGCCACCUUUUUCUUGGAAUCACUACCCAUAUUUUCNGCUCUGAGGGGUCCUCUAAGCUGUUUUAUUGUUUCAAUUCCCCU